AUGACCGAGACCGACGCCGGCGGCGUGGACGCGUUCAUGCUGCACGGCCUCACCGCCGAGGGCGUCCCGUCCGCGUUCGACCCGAUGACCGUCUCCGACCUCCUCUCGUCCAAGCACGCGUCGCUUCGCGCGCCGAAGGACUGGGGAACUCCGCACGUCGCGCCGCCGCAGUCGGUCGUCGCGGUGGAUUCCAGCCACACCGUCCAAGAGGCGCUCGACGAGCUCGCGCUGUCGAAGAUCAAGUCCGUGCCCGUGCGAGACCCCGCGACCGGCGCGGUGCUCGGGUUCUUCGACGCGACGCGAGCGCUGCGGCUCGCGCUCGACGUCGCGGGGCGCGCGGAGCGAGAGGUUGCGUUCGGUGCGACGAAAGUCAGCGCGCUCGUCGACAGAAGGCUCGAGAGCGGGCGCGGAGGCGACGGCGGCGCGUUCCCGUUCGCGGCCGCGCAGCUGCCUCUGAGAGAGCUCGUCGGCGAGGAAGGGUACCUGCUCUUCGAGCAGCACGGACCCUCGGACGACGACGGCGGCGGCGCUCGACGCGCGUACUGGUUCACCGCGGACGUGCACAGACUCGCCGUCGUGGACUCGAGCCCGACGCGGAACGAAGGCAAAGAAGAAGAAGAAACGCUUCCAUCGUCACCGUUACUCAAACACGAAGAAAUCGUGGACAUCAUAUCGCAGCUCGACGUCGUGAGAUGCGUCGUCGACGCGUACGGCGUGUUAUACGACCGCGAAUACCCCGCGGAGGGCCAGAUCGACGUUUUGCGACGCGCGCUGGAAGAGCCCGCGGCCGCGGUCGCGACGAGCGCCGUGUUCGGGACGUUCUACGACGCCCCCGCGCGCGAGGUCUUCAAAGAGAUGCUCCACGAGGGGUACGGCGCCGCGGUGAUCGUCGAGCGUCAAAAGGAUACCAUCGUCGGCGCGGACGACCCGGAAGCGUGGCGCGCCGCCGACGUGCUCUCCGCGAGCGACUUUUCAAACGUCAAGGACGUUUCGCUGCUGCGUCCGGUCUCGGACGGCGGCGCGACCGUGCGCGAGUUUCUGAACGUCGCGGUGAAAGGCGCGCCGCGACGACUGACCGCGGUGAGAGACGACGCGAACGUGAUCGACUGCGCGAGGGCGAUGCUGGACGACGGCGUGCACCGGGCGUGGAUCUUGAGCGACCGCGACGUCCCCGUCGGAUGCGUCAGCGCGACGGACGUUCUGAGAUGCGUGAGCACCGCGCAUCGGCGGUACGCGCCGCAGAGGUCGCGGCCGGUCCAGGUGCCGAUCGCGUGA